GCGUAAACACAUAGGCAUAAGGGUUUGAAUCCGCUAGGUAGAAACAAAGGGAAGAAGCAGGCGGCAGUAGUUGUACAAGAAGGGAGUAUCGUUCAGCAUCAGCAUGGCGACCUCGCUGCUACCACGCUGGGCACCUACACCCAGCCAGUCACAGCCGCGGUGGGGUCCUUCAGCUGCCUCCCUCACAGGGGAGGUACAGCUGCUGGAACCAGCGACAUCCGAGGUGAAAGGCGCCAUGGGUAGCCGCCACGGAAUUCUUUCUGGGGUUGAAGGUAUUGAUCAUCGUGAAGGCCGACUGGAGGGCAUCCCUAGCGAUGGCGGCGUGUUCAUAACGUGGGAGGACGUGUGGGUGACGGCGGUCGACCGCAGGGCCACUAUUUUGCACGGCAUCAGCGGCAGCGCGCGCCCCGGCCAAGUGCUGGCCAUCAUGGGACCCUCCGGGUGUGGCAAGACUACACUGCUCGACACCUUGGCCGGGAGACUGGACAAGAACCUGAGAAGUAAAGGAGAUAUUCGGAUAAAUGGCCGGAGACAGAGGCUCGCCUUUGGAAUUUCGGCAUACGUGACGCAAGAGAACAUGCUGAUGGCCACACUCACGGUGCGUGAGGCCAUCUACUACUCGGCACAGAUCCAGCUGCCCGAUACCAUGCUGCUUGCAGAUAAGCUGGCCCGCGCCGACGAAGCCAUCCAGGAGAUGGGGCUCACCAGCACCCUAGAUACGCGCAUCGGCGGACACAAUACUAAGGGCAUCAGUGGCGGGCAGCGGAAGCGUCUGAGCAUCUGCCUCGAGAUCCUCACGAGGCCGCGGCUGCUAUUCCUGGACGAGCCUACCAGCGGGCUAGACAGCGCUGCCUCCUUCCAUGUGAUGAACCGCACAGCUGACCUCGCUGCCAGGGAGGGCAUGACCAUCGUUGCCGUAGUGCACCAGCCAUGCAACGAGGUGUUCGAGAUCUUUCAUGGCCUUUGCUUGCUUGCCUCUGGACGGACAAUUUACUUUGGCCCGGCCACCAAUGCCAAUGAGUUCUUCUCAUCAAAUGGCUACCCUUGCCCACCAAUGAGAAAUCCUUCAGAUCAUUUCCUGAGGACAAUCAACAGAGAUUUUGAAUUGGAAAGUGGAGAAAGAACAAUAUCGUCCAAGCCAUCUCCAGCAGAUGAAGCAAUACAAGUUCUGGUAAAUGCCUACAAAUCCUCCAAUACUUCUGAAAAUGCCAAAAAGGAAAUGCAAGACAUAAAUGAAAUGGGUGGAGUGAUGAUCAGAAGAAACCAAGCUAGUUUCCUGACAAAGGUGUUUGUACUCACCAGAAGAUCGUUUGUGAACAUGUAUAGAGACGUCGGAUACUACUGGCUACGUCUUGGCAUCUAUAUUUCCAUUAGUCUAUGCCUUGGUACCAUAUAUUACAAUUUUGGCUAUGGAUACGAUUCCAUCCGUUCUAGAUCAUCAAUGCUAAUGUUCACCAGUGGCCUUCUAACAUUAAUGGCAAUUGGAGGAUUCCCUUCCUUUGUGGAGGAAAUGAAGAUAUUCAGGAGAGAACGGCUAAAUGGGCAUUAUGGUGUGUCAGCAUUUGUGAUCUCCAAUUGGUUGUCAGCCACGCCAUAUCUUUUCCUUAUUGCUAUAUUACCUGGUGCAAUAGCCUACUACCUGUCUGGUCUAAAGAGAAGAGUAGACCAUUUUGUAUAUUUUACGCUUGUCCUUUGUUCGUGCACGAUGCUAGUUGAAGGCCUUAUGAUGACUGUAGCUGCUAUCGUGCCAGAUUUUCUGAUGGGCAUCAUCACAGGUGUUGGAAUACAAGUAAUCAUGUUGCUCAAUUGUGGGUUCUUCCAAAUACCUAGUAAACUGCCAAAGAUAGUAUGGAAGUACCCAAUGUUCUACAUCUCUUUUCAGAAGUAUGCACUUCAAGGAUUUUACAAGAAUGAGUUCUUGGGUUUGGUAUUCGAAAACAACACAGGAGUUGGCAAGGAAACAAUAACUGGUGAAGAAGUGAUAAGUAAGUUAUUUGAGACAGAAAUGGGGCACUCAAAAUGGGUGGACUUUGUAGUGCUAUGUGGAAUGAUUGUAAUGUAUAGGUUGCUUUUUGUAGUGAUUAUUAAGGUUGUCGACAUGCUAAAGCCCAUAUCCAAGGGUGAAUCAUUUACGUGUCCCGCUCAUUGUAUUUGUGGCAUUGAAAAGCCGUGUACUCGCAUUUAA